AUGUUCAACUUUGAAGUGACCGUCUUGGGGGCCUCUGGCGGUCCAGAUGCUGGUGAUACCCAAUGCUUUAUGGUGAGGCCAAGUGGUUCGAGAGACCUCCGUUCGAUAUGUGUCGAUGGGGGAGCAGGUGUGGGGCAGAUAGCGCGAAUACUGUCGCAAGCUAAAGACAUGUCAAGGCCUCAACUAAUAGAGAGUUUUUACUUCAACGAUUUUGAACCGGCAGACCAGUUUUUCGAUCCAAGAACUCCAGUGAAGCUAGGUUUUCCCACUGAUCUAGUUGAGAACGUUUCAUCAAACACCUGGAAAAGAGCCCUGCAGUUUUACAAGGGGAUCAAGGAAUACUAUAUUACACAUGCUCACCUGGACCAUAUUGCAGCAAUGGUUAUGAACUCUCCGAUGGCCUACGACGGAGAGUGUAUCUCAGGUAAGAAAUUGUGGGGUCUCCCGUUCACUAUGGAUGCGAUCAAGAGACAUGUCUUUAAUGAUCUGAUAUGGCCAGAUCUGCUCGAUGGGACUGCAAGCCGAUUGAAACUUGACUCGUUGGCAGAACUACGGCUGCAUAACUGCGAGACUUUCCCCCAGUGGGAUAUUAUACCGCUAAAAGUUCACCAUGGCUUUGGAGUGUCCGAACCUAGCAGUCGGAUCUACAGCACAAUCUACCUAUUCAUCGACAAGCACUCGGGAAGCGGUAUUGUCAUUUGCGGCGAUCUUGAACAGGACCACGCAUCGGAUAAGCUACCAUUAUUGGAGGAAGCCUGGGACUAUAUCGCAAAGCAUAUAUCCCAUCGAAGGCUGAAAGGAAUUAUAAUCGAGUGCUCAAGUUGGACAGCUACACAACAAACUGAACUAUAUGGCCACAUGUCACCGACAUACCUAGUGCCAGCCCUCAACAGACUUCAAAGACAGUAUCAGGAACCAGAUGCUUUGAGGGACCUCGAAGUCGUGAUCACCCACGUCAAAAAGGCCAUAUCCGACAAGGAUCCACGUCUGAUAAUCCUUAAAGAGCUACGAGACCAAGCACAUGCCACACAGCUACAUGUGCGGUUUUCAAUUGCCAUACAGGGCUAUACUUUUCAAUUUUAA